AUGACAGUUUCACUCUCCGAGCUAGAUGCUCACCAACAACCGAGCGAUGAAAUGCGCGCGGAAUGGAAGGAAGUCUCCCGCUUAGACCCGUCUGCCGUAGUCCAGGACCCCAGAAUCGACGACCCACGACUUCCACCAUGUGAGAAUGGAUUCCGGCCCUCGGGCAAGAUUGAUAAGACCCAAGUCGCCGAGGCCUUUGCGGCGCUGGGAGACGAAUUCAGGCGUCUUGCCCAAGAGGAUAUCCCCAUCAUCCACCACCCACUGCUACCAGGCCUACUGAUCGUGCCGAAUCUCGUCCCGCCAACGGUCCAAAAAGCUCUCCUGGCCAGGAUACUCCACAGGGACCUCUCCAACCCCAAACACAAGACCAACCUGCACCUCCACUACACGCUCCCCUACCCGUCCGCAGCGUCGCCGCCCCCAGACCCAGACUCAGGCUCGGACUCGAGCCCCCCCUGCCACGCCCAGUCCUUCUUCACCCUCACCCCCGCGUCGUCGGCGACUUUCACGCCCAAAGACCCGGCCGUCCACAAGCCCCUGAGCCCAGGGCAGGUCCUCAACCGCCGCCUGCACUGGGUCACGCUCGGCGGCCAGUACGACUGGACGAAUCGCGUGUAUCCGGACUCGGAGCCGCCCCGGUUCCCUGCCGACCUCUCCCGGUUCCUGGAGAAGCUGUUCCCGGAGACGCGCGCGCAGGCAGCCAUUGUCAACUUCUACAGCCCAAAGGACACCAUGAUGAUGCACAGAGACGUAAGCGAGGAGACGGACAGGGGUCUAGUGAGCCUUAGUUUCGGCUGCGAGUGCCUGUUCAUGAUUGCGCCGAGUGACGGCGCCGUCGUGGUCCACGGGGAGCGGGAGCGGGAGCGGGAGCAGGAGCAGGCGCAGGAGACGGGGCCUGACAAGGCCCGAGCAGUCAAGAGGUAUCUGCUGUUGAGGCUGCGCUCCGGUGACGCCAUCUACAUGACCAAGGAGUCGAGAUACGCGUGGCACGGCGUGCCCAAGAUCAUCAAGGAUACUUGUCCGGAAUAUCUGCGGAGUUGGCCUGCCGAGAAGGGGGAAUAUGCGGAGUGGGAGGGCUGGAUGAGGACCAAGCGCAUUAAUCUGAACGUCAGGCAGAUGAGGGAUUAG